UGUUUACAUAAAAUAGUUUAAAAUCAAGAGAAAUUCAGGCAUUGCUUAAUAUUCUCUCUCGUUUUAAACAAUAAACUACUUAACAAUCAUACCAUAAAAUUGUCCAGAAGGAAAUAAAAUCUCCCAAUGUCUCAAGUUCUCUCCAAACUCAUUUUUUAAUUAUAGACUCUAUCACUGAUCUUAGAAUUUCUCAGACUGACUGGGUCUUGUUCGUUGAUUUCAGUCAGGUGAAUGUUGGAUACGGAGAGCAGACACGGUACUGGGCUGGAUCAGGGACCGACAAGGGACCCUUGGCUCACGAUGGACUAUUACCUUGGCACGGACAGUCUCUCCCUCCAGGAGAUGCUCGAUGUCGACAUCAAAUGCGAAAUUGAAGGAGUUAUCGGGGGACACUCAGAGCUGGGCUUCAAUUUCACAGACAUGUCUGGCCUAGAGAUGGACGAUGACCCCAUCGGCUGCCACAAUGACCUCAGUGGCUGGUUCGGGUCCACCAGUUUGCUCAACGGCAACAGCAACAGCUCCAACAGCAACUUCAACCUUGACCUCAGCGGAGGGGAUGCAGCCUCCAUCAUGGUGAACCCAAACUCCGUCAUGCCCCACAUGGCAGUGAGGAGUCCAACACCGAGCAAUAUCAGGAGAUACUUUGCCUUCUCGCCGAAGAGGGAAAUCAAGGAGGAGAAGAUAGACGUGGAAGACGAGGUGGAGAACGAGGCCAGCAGCUGCACAGAGAACGAGAACGACCAGGAGAACGACACCGAGACGGAGCAGUACGAGAACGACAUCACAGACACCGAGGAGGACUCCGAGGACGAGCAAGAAGUCUCCAAGCCAGUGACGCCGUCCAAGUCGAGGACGAUCUCAAUCUCCGCUGCGAAAACGAUCUCUCCUCAAUUCGCGAGGACUCAGACCACCCCCAAGAUAAACGGAGUGUCCAGCAUCAGGGUGCAGAACUUCAAAGUGCUGCACAGCCCCAGUCAGAGCCCCCACGUCAGGAAACAGAUCUACAACAACAACGUUCACGUGAAUCCAGCCACCGCCGCUGUCGCCACCAUGAAAAGGGAGAAGGAGUUCGAUCUGUCCGACUACGACGACAAACUCUACCCUAAGCCAGCUUACUCUUACUCUUGCCUGAUCGCCAUGGCCCUGAAGAACAGCCAAACAGGAUCCUUGCCGGUCUCAGAGAUUUAUAAUUUCAUGUGUGAACACUUCCCCUACUUCAAAACCGCACCGAACGGCUGGAAGAACUCCGUGAGGCACAAUCUUUCUUUAAACAAGUGCUUCGAGAAGAUAGAGAAGCCAGCGGGGAAUGGUAACCAGAGGAAGGGGUGCUUGUGGGCGAUCAACCCCGCGAAGGUGGCGAAGAUGGACGAGGAGGUCCAGAAGUGGUCCAGGAAGGAUCCUCUGGCCAUCAAGAAGGCCAUGAUCUACCCCGACCACCUGGAGCUGCUUGAGAGGGGCGAGAUGAAGUACGCUGGCAGCGGGGAUCUAUCAGAGGAAACGGAAAGCUCCGGGGACGAGGCUGUCGAGGAGAGCGCGACGUACGACCACGAGUCCAUCCACAAUCACAUAGCCGCCAACUCCGUGACGGACAGCUACGACGAGAGCAGCCAGGACUGUGAUAUAGACAUCGUCGAACACAUGUACGACGAGAUAGACAUAGAGGACAAUAAGGAAGCCCUGCACAUGCAGCUAAACAUAUCCAAGCGAGAGUCGUUCGAGUACGAGCUAAGUCCGAGCACCAAGAGGCAGAAGACGCUGACUGGAGCAAUACAGGGCAACUACGUCUAUCAACCCGUGACCACGUCAAGAAGAAAAACGCCUCUCCUUCUGCGAGCCGGGGCGGGAAACAGCUCCUUCCUUAAGAUAGAUUGAAC